UUAUAAGUUAUUGUUAUUGCUUAGCUUUUGUUUUAAAAAUAUCUAAAUAUGACGAAGUAAAAAAAAUCGUAACAAAAUUAUGAUAAAAAACACAAUGGUGAAAGUUUGGAAGCUCGGUCUUAUGAGCUACGACACGGCCCUAAAGAUUCAAAGGGCUAUAGUUCGUAAACAGCUGGAAUCCAUGGUGGACGGCACAGGCAAGGACUGGGAUACUCUUCUAUUACUGGAGCACAGACCUGUGUACACUGUGGGAAUCCGAGAUGACACACGUAAAGAAGAAAUAGAAAGACUGAGUUCCUUAGGAGCAGCAUUUAGAAAAACAGACAGAGGCGGUCAGAUUACGUUCCAUGGCCCCGGCCAACUAGUUGCCUACCCAAUUAUUAAUCUAAAACACUUCAAACCGAGUGUAAAGUGGUAUGUCAACAACUUGGAGGAGACAGUCAUAAAUGUUUGUUCAGAAUUAGGGCUGAAAGGCAAACGGUCACCCCACACCGGCGUGUGGAUAGAGGACAGCAAGGUGGCCGCCAUCGGCGUGCACGCCUCCCGCUACGUAACCUCGCACGGCAUCUCGCUCAACUGCGACAACGAUCUCUCCUGGUUCGACCACAUCGACCCUUGCGGCCUGGACGAUAACGGCGUCACCUCACUAUCCAACGAGACCCGCCUGCCUUGCACCAUAGACAAAAUCACACCCAUGUUCAUCAAGAGUUUCGAUAAAGUGUUCAACUGCACCACUGAGAACCUUGAGGUAGACGCGCAGAUAGAAAUUUUAAACAGUAUUUACAAUAAGCUGCUGGUACCGCAAUGAGACGCGAAUGUUUUUUGUUUUUAGCAUGUUUACAUUUUUUGUGUUUUUUACGCACAUUUUAUAUACUUUUGCCUUGGUGGUGCCAUAAUUAUUAUACCUUAGUCCUAAACACUCAAAUGACAUUUCAUAGCCGAUUAACUAUCUUGUACCUAUGUCCUUUGUACGUAAACGUAAAGUGAAGUCCUAUCGACAUUCCACAUAGUUUAAAUUUAAUUCCCUAAUACAUACCUAUUUUGUUUGAUGGAAUCGGACUGUCAUUUUAGUGGGUUG